AAGCUCAGUCUUCAAUCUUUUCCAAUGACAACCCACUCCGACCUCUCCUGGGUCCUAUGGGGUGUCCUUAUUAUGGCAACUGAGGUCAGCACCGACAUAGACAAGCCCACCGUUCCUCCCAUGUUUAGUGGUCACCCAUUCAUGGUGGCGUGGAAUGCGCCCACACAAGACUGCCAGCGCCGAUUCAAUGUGUCUCUUGACCUUCGACUCUUCAACCUCAAUUCUUCCCCUAGUGAGGGGAUUGUAGACCAGAAUCUCACCAUCUUCUACAAGGAGCGCCUGGGGCUCUACCCUUACUACGACAAGAACAACGUAUCCAUCAAUGGAGGCGUGCCCCAGAAUGUCAGUCUGCAGGCUCACCUGGAUCAGAUGUGGGAUGGAAUCAACAAAUACAUGACGUCAUUUAAUAAAACUGGACUGGGGGUCAUUGACUGGGAAGAAUGGAGACCCAUUUGGAUUCGGAACUGGCAGAUGAAGGACAUAUACCGGCAAGCUUCCCGCCAGCUGGUGGCCUCUCGUUAUCCAGACUGGACGGCCGAAGAGGUGAACAAGGAGGCUCAGUAUCGAUUUGAAAACGCCGCCCGCGAGUUCAUGGUAGAAACGCUGCGAUACGCCAAGGGCCUUCGACCCAACCAACUCUGGGGAUACUACCUGUUCCCAGAUUGCUACAACCACGACUACCUGACCAACUGGGAUAGUUAUACUGGUAAGUGCCCCGAUGUGGAUAUGGCACGCAAUGACCAAUUAUGGUGGAUGUGGGAGGAGAGUACCGCCCUUUAUCCAUCCAUCUACCUGGAACCUCCUCUCAGCAGUUCUGUAAACGGGCUCAAAUUUGUUCACUAUCGGGUGAAAGAGGCCAUGAGGAUCGCUUCACAACACACAGGGUACUCUCCUCCUGUCCUUGUGUACGCAAGACCCACCUACAAAGAAAACCUCAACCUUCUCUCCCAGAUGGAUCUCAUUUCUACCAUCGGGGAGAGUGCGGCACAGGGUGUUGCCGGGGUGAUAUUCUGGGGUGACGCAGACUACGCCAAGAACAAGGAAACCUGCCAGAGUAUGAAAUCAUUCCUGGAUGAAGAUUUGGGUCAAUACCUCGUGAAUGUCACCGCCGCGGCCUCCCUCUGCAGUCAGGCACUGUGCGGCGGAAACGGCCGCUGUCUGCGACAACCCAAUGUCGCCGAUGCCUUUCUACAUCUCAACUCCACCAACUUCCGCAUCGUGAGGGCGCCGCCGGGGUCCAACGCGUCUGUUCCGAUGUGGGCGGAGGGCCGGCUGUCACCGGAGGACAUUGCUCUUCUAAACGCACACUUCGAAUGUCAGUGUUACCUGGACUCUCCUGGCUGCGGCUUUCAGAACCGUAUGUACAAUGGCGCGGAAUCCAUGGGGCCCUCCAGGGGCCACGUAUGUUCCUGGGUAUUCAUUUCUCUACUGGUUGUAAUACUGGAAUGGAGAUAAC